AUGGCCUCCUCCUCCGACAUCUCUUCCAUCCCAACACCAGCCCACUGCACCGCAGACUUCUGCCUAAUCCCGGUAAGAUCCGAGUUUUCCUUCCAGAACCCUUCCAUCAAUCCCGACUACACCUCCGGCAAAAACCAACAGUAUACAUGUAACCCGACCACGCAACAACAUAUUGGCACUUCCUCUCCCUCCGUCUCCGCCCAAAUCGCCGACGUCCAACGCCUAAUCGAGAAAUCCGGUCUCAAGUACGUGAUGCACAGCGCUGGCACAACCCUCGGUAUGAAAUGCGACGAAAUGAUUGAGUCCCACAACCCCUGA